AUGAAGUUGCUCAGUUUCGCAUUGCUCGCCUCCGCCCUUGGUCUCGACAAGUUGCAAAUCGGCGUGAAAAAGCGCGUUUCCGCAGAUGAGUGCACCCAAAAGUCCCGAAAGGGCGAUCGAUUGUCGAUGCACUACACUGGAACGUUGUUGGAAACGGGCGAAAAGUUCGAUUCUAGCCACGACAGAAACCAAGCAUUCGAAUUCACACUCGGCCAAGGAAUGGUGAUCAAAGGAUGGGAUCAGGGUCUUGUUGGGAUGUGCGUUGGGGAGCAGCGACGGCUCAAGAUUCCGUCAGAUCUGGCGUACGGAUCCUCUGGUGCUGGCGCCAAAAUCCCACCAAACGCGGCCUUGGUUUUUGAAGUGGAACUGCUUGCAAUCAAAAGAGAAGGCGAACUUUAA